AUGCUCCACCUAAAGGCUAUAUUGUGUCUGAUAAGCGUGGUCGGGGCCAUGGGAACCCGCCCCCCUGGUUCUUUUGGGGGAGAGGACCGCUACAUGCUUACCGAAGCGUGGCUACAUGAGGUCGUAGACCGCAUGGGGAGGGACAUCAAAGACGCCGCUACCUCCUUCCUUGAUUACACCCCUCGCCAGCGUCACUAUAGUCUACUAAACGCCAACGACGAUGAUGAUCAGGAACAGAUUGACUACGAUUCUCUUAUUGAUAGCAACCCUAGUCCCAGCCUACGCGAUCAGGAGCUUUUGCAACACAGUUCUCUCUGGGGCCACCAAUUUGUAACUGGUGGUGCUGGUGAAGGUGUCAAUCGCCAAAUGAUUAAAACGGACGCAGUGCUGCCCGCUUAUUGCAACCCACCUAAUCCCUGCCCUGUUGGUUACAAUGAAGAACAGGGCUGCAUAAAAAAGUUUGAGAACACGGCAGUCUUCAGUCGUGAAUACCAACUAUCACAGCGAUGCAUGUGCGAUGGUGAACACAUGUUCAGCUGCCCCAACGAGCCAUCAGACCUGGAUAUUCAUUUCCCUGACCAUAAGAACCUCGUCGCGAAGAAAUUCAGCAACGAAGUGGAGAAUCCUUAUUUAUUUGGUGAACGUCUACCUAUAGCUGCGAAAAAGGGAUUCGAUGUACAUGUCUACUAA